AUGGGAAAUGUGAAGGGAAUUAGCCUCGAAAGACUCAAGAAGGAGAACGUCGAUCUUGAGCGAAUACCUCUGGACCAAGUCUUUGAACAAUUGAACUGUUCGAAAGAAGGUCUCACAAAUGAGGAAGGCCGAAAAAGGUUGGAAAUUUUCGGCCCCAACAAAUUAGAAGAAAAGAAGGAAAGUAAGUUGCUGAAAUUCUUGGGCUUUAUGUGGAACCCUCUGUCAUGGGUCAUGGAAGCGGCUGCUAUCAUGGCCAUUGCUUUGGCAAAUGGAGGGGGCAAGCCACCAGAUUGGCAGGACUUUGUGGGAAUACUGGCAUUGCUUGUUAUCAACUCCACCAUUAGUUUUAUAGAAGAAAACAAUGCAGGCAAUGCUGCUGCGGCACUCAUGGCAGGUCUUGCUCCCAAAACCAAGGUCCUGAGAGACGGAAGGUGGACUGAGGAGGAGGCUGCCAUAUUGGUACCAGGAGAUAUCAUCAGCAUCAAAUUAGGAGACAUAGUCCCAGCUGAUGCUCGUCUCUUGGAAGGAGAUCCUCUCAAGAUCGAUCAGUCUGCACUUACUGGUGAAUCGCUGCCUGUUUCAAAGAAUUCAGGUGAUGAAGUCUUCUCUGGGUCCACAGUAAAGCAAGGAGAGAUUGAGGCUAUCGUAAUCGCUACUGGGGUACACACUUUCUUUGGGAAGGCUGCACACUUGGUGGACAGCACUAACCAAGUAGGACAUUUUCAAAAGGUGUUGACAGCCAUUGGUAACUUCUGCAUUUGCUCUAUCGCUUUGGGCAUGAUCAUAGAGAUUAUUGUCAUGUACCCAAUUCAGCGCCGCAAGUAUAGGAGUGGAAUUGACAAUCUCUUGGUGCUUCUCAUUGGAGGGAUUCCUAUUGCCAUGCCAACAGUCUUGUCAGUAACGAUGGCUAUUGGUUCCCAUCGGCUGUCCCAACAAGGUGCUAUCACCAAGAGGAUGACGGCUAUUGAGGAGAUGGCUGGGAUGGAUGUUUUAUGCAGUGACAAGACGGGCACUCUAACGCUGAACAAGCUCACAGUAGAUAAGAACUUGGUUGAGGUUUUUGCAAAAGAUACUGACAAGGACGCUGUAAUUUUGCUUGGAGCUAGAGCAUCUAGGGUAGAGAAUCAAGAUGCUAUUGAUGCUUGCAUUGUUGGAAUGUUGGGUGAUCCAAAGGAGGCGAGAGAUGGCAUUACAGAGUUGCAUUUCCUGCCCUUUAAUCCAGUGGACAAGCGUACCGCCAUUACAUACAUAGACGCCAUGGGCAAUUGGCACCGAGUAAGCAAAGGGGCACCGGAGCAGAUAAUAGCUCUUUGCAAUCUCCGGGAAGAUGUGAAGAAGAAAGCUAAUUCCAUUAUUGGUAAAUUUGCUGAUCGUGGUCUCCGUUCCCUUGCUGUUGCCAAACAAGAAGUUCCAGAGAAGAAAAAAGAGAGUCCAGGAGGACCAUGGACGUUUGUGGGUCUCUUGCCUCUGUUUGACCCACCUAGGCAUGACAGUGCAGAGACCAUUCGCCGAGCUCUCCAUCUUGGGGUGAACGUUAAGAUGAUCACAGGUGAUCAGCUAGCUAUUGGCAAGGAGACUGGUCGCAGGCUUGGCAUGGGGAGUAACAUGUACCCUUCUUCCUCCCUCCUUGGCGAGCACAAGGAUGAGUCUAUUGCUGGGAUUCCAGUUGAUGAGCUUAUUGAGAAGGCUGAUGGCUUUGCUGGUGUCUUUCCUGAGCACAAAUACGAGAUUGUGAAGAGACUCCAAGAUAAAAAACACAUAUGUGGGAUGACUGGAGAUGGUGUCAAUGAUGCUCCUGCCUUAAAAAAGGCAGAUAUUGGAAUUGCAGUGGCGGAUGCAACCGAUGCAGCUAGAAGUGCAUCUGACAUAGUCCUGACAGAGCCUGGUUUGAGCGUGAUUGUGAGUGCAGUCUUGACAAGCAGAGCCAUUUUCCAGAGAAUGAAGAACUACACCAUUUAUGCUGUAUCUAUUACAAUCCGAAUCGUACUUGGCUUUAUGCUGCUAGCUCUUAUCUGGAAAUUCGAUUUCUCACCUUUUAUGGUUUUGAUCAUUGCUAUACUAAAUGACGGGACAAUUAUGACCAUUUCCAAGGACAGAGUGAAGCCGUCUCCUUUGCCAGAUUCAUGGAAACUGAAUGAGAUUUUUGCCACAGGCAUAGUGCUUGGCACCUACCUUGCUAUCAUGACUGUUAUCUUCUUCUGGGCUGUUCAUGCAUCUGAUUUCUUCUCGGAAAAAUUUGGUGUCAGAUCUAUCAGGUAUAACGAGGAUGAGCUCACAGCAGCUGUUUACCUUCAAGUGAGUAUUGUAAGUCAGGCUCUCAUCUUUGUUACUCGGUCAAGGAGCUGGUCUUUCGUUGAACGCCCUGGUCUCUUGCUUGUUACUGCCUUUAUAGUAGCUCAGCUGAUUGCCACAAUCAUAGCUGUCUAUGCAAACUGGGGCUUUGCAAGGAUGAAAGGAAUUGGAUGGGGUUGGGCUGGUGUUAUUUGGCUCUACAGCAUCAUUUUCUAUAUCCCCUUGGAUAUUCUUAAAUUCUUCAUUCGAUAUGCAUUGAGUGGCAAGGCAUGGAAUAAUAUUACCGAGAACAAGACUGCUUUCACAACAAAGAAGGAUUAUGGAAAGGAAGAGCGAGAAGCACAAUGGGCUACAGCUCAACGCACGCUGCAUGGGCUGAAUCCUCCUGAAGCAGCACAAAUAUUUAAUGAAAACAACAACUACCGUGAAUUGUCUGAAAUCGCAGAACAGGCUAGGAAACGUGCUGAAGUGGCAAGGUUGAGGGAGCUUCACACAUUGAAGGGACAUGUCGAGUCCGUUGUGAAACUCAAGGGACUUGACAUUGAUACAAUUCGGCAGCAUUACACUGUUUGAGUGAAGUAUGUAU